CCCGGUGCAGAGCGGGUGCCGCGGGGUGGCCCGGGGUUUUUGACGACCGGCCGGAGGGCCGCGCUGUAGGCUGUAGGCGUCGCUGAACGUUAACGAGAGGCGGCUGGGAGACCCCGCGGCGUCUGGGGCGGGGUCCGGAAGGCAGGAGCGGCCCCUUUAAGACGGCGCCCCGCCCGCCGCCCCACGCGACCCGGGUCUUGUGACCGCGGGAGCGGCGCCGCCUGCAGAGGGGCCGAGCCCCGACCCGCCGCCCGCGCCCACCCCGCGCCCACCCCGCGGGGCGCCAUGGCCCACCAGCCGCUGCUGCAGGAGCGCCCGCCGCCCUACAACCUGGAGGCCGCGCAGGGCGACUUCGCGUGCGGCCCCGGCUACGGCGCCAUCCCCGCCGCGCCGCCGCCCUACCCCUACCUGGUUGCAGGGAUCCCCACGCACCACCCGAGGAUCUACAGCAUCCACAGCGCCAACGUCACGCGGUACCCCGCCAACUCCAUCGUGGUGGUGGGAGGCUGCCCCGUCUGCAGGGUUGGCGUGCUGGAGGACUCCUUCACCUUCCUCGGCAUCUUCCUGGCCAUCAUCUUGUUCCCCUUCGGCUUCAUCUGUUGCUUUGCCUUGCGGAAGCGGAGAUGUCCCAACUGCGGGGCCAAUUUCACCUAAAAGGGAACCGCCGUCUCCUCUGACGUCGACGUGGUGGACGAUAGAGCUUUAUUUUAGAUUGGGCCGGGACUGUCGUGGGGGAGGUGGGCCUCACGCCACGCAGCAGGCCGGGUCCAAGCACCCGGCGGAGCACUGCUCUUAUUUUCUGUGGUCUCGAGCGGUGAGAAAUCCAGUUUUAAAUAAAUGAGAUUCCUGCUCUUGUUA